UGCCCUGCCGGAGUUCAUUUAGCUGCCAGCCGGCGAAGAGUCCACAACGCGCAGAGUGUCCAAAAAAAACUAGCAAGAUGCCCUCCUUAUGGCUGUUUAUCUCGAUGCUGGCUUUGGUUAGCUGCCAGGACUAUCAGUACCAUCGUCCACAGACUCCUUUUGUGGCAGAGACCUACCGACAGCAGCCGCAGCAGCAACAACAGCCUCAUACCACCAAGUUUGUGGUGCAGACUUUGGGUCGCACUUACGGCUUGGAGACGCAGCGGGCACCGACCAUCUAUGAGGAUCAUCAGACCCAGAUAGUCCAGGUCUUGGAGCCGCGUCAGGUGACGCAAUAUCAGCAGUAUGCCUAUCAGGCUCCUCAGCAGCAGUUACAGACCUCCAGCUACCAGAAUCCCCUGCUGGUCAGCACUAACUACCAGGCACCACCUUUGUCCUAUGCUCCUCCAGCACCGGCUGCUCCUGCCCAGCCCAUCAACUACUAUGUGCCACCUCAGCAGCAACAGCAGCAAUCACUGCCUCAGCCUCAGCAGCUUCAGCCUGCUCCAGCUCAGACUCCCAAUUACUACCAACAGCAGCCAGCUGCCCAGCCACCUGCCACUUAUCUGCCACCUCAGCAGCCUGCCCAGAAACUGUUCUUCGGCAAUCCCUAUCCCUAUGCACCAGUCACCACUGGCUCGGGACAACAAGUCCUGGAUGCAGGACACGGUUCAGGUGUGGCGCCCAAUGAGGUGCAAACUCAGCUGUUGCAAGCCACAGGAUCGUCACCGCCCGAAGUUCGAGUCGGAGACCAAGUGGGACAGUCUCAAAGCUCCUCCCUAGAUGGCUUCGACUACAAGCAGAGCUCUCCCGGAGAUACCAGGGAGUACCAGAAGUUCGUGACUAGCUGCCCAGGCGGAGGCAACUGCCAGAAGAAGGAGCUGAGUCCUGGGGAGGUGGAUGAGAGCCACAAGAGGGUGCUGCAGACAGUGCGAGCUUCCACCCAGCCGCGUGUGGAGGGCUGCUUCAAGAGCCCAGUGAUCUAUGUGCCAGUUGGAGCUGCUGUCAAUGAGCAGGGACAGCUGCGACCAAAGAAUCGGCGUACUUUCGAACGCAAGGAGCAGGUCCUCUCCAGAUAUCCUUACAACUAAAACCCCCUCUCGCUGUAAACACUCACCGAAUUUCAAAUCGAAUUUAUUAGUUGUUAUGCUUAGUUGUCAGUUUGUUGAUUGUGUUGUAAAUAAAUCGAUCGAUGAUUAAAUUUUAAAACAUAAA